AUGCUCCAACUAAAUGGACCGAGGACUGUCAGAAAUCCUUCAACACAAUCAAGAGAUACUUGUCAGAUCCACCUAUUUUGGUCUGCGCCUAGGCCAGGAAGUCCUUUGCUGCUAUACAUUUCUGUAUCAGAAAAUGCUUUUGGAUGCAUGUUAGCACAAAAUGACGAAACAGGCAAGAAAGAGAGAGCCAUCUAUUAUAUCAGUAAGAAGUUCCUACCCUGCAAAUCCAGAUAUUCCUUGGUGGAAAAGACAUGUUGCGCUCUAACCUGGGUGUCCCAGAAGUUGAGACAUUAUAUGGCUGCGUACACGUCCUAUUUGAUAUCAAGAAUGGAUCUACUAAGGUACAUCUUUCGCCAGCCUAUGCCGAUAGGGAAGUUGGCCAAAUGGAAAAUUCUGUUAAGUGAAUUCGACAUCCAAUACGUCACGCAGAAAGCAGUUAAAGGGCAAGCAUUGGCAGAUCUACUGGCAGGAUGCCCGGUAGAUAUCAAUCCCGUACCUUUAUGGAUUUACUUCCUGGAUGAAGAAAUAAUGACAAUUGAAGGCGAAGAAAGUGAAGACGAGUUGGGAUGGAAAGUAUACUUUGAUGAAGCAGUCAACUUUAAAGGAUCAGGAAUCGAAGCCGUCUUGGUUUCAGACUCGGGCCAAUAUUAUCCAGUGGUUGCCAAGUUAAGCUUCAAUUGCACCAACAACAUGGCUGAAUACGAAGCCUGUAUAUUGGGUCUACAUUUAGCUCUCGACAUGGAUGUGAAAGAUCUUCAAGUUAUUGGCGACUCGGAUUUGCUAAUUCAUCAGGUUCGAGCAAUAGCAUCCAUGAUUCAGCAUCCCGAUAGUAGAUACAUUGAUCCUGUCAAAACCAAAAUUGAAGAUCAACCAACUCACUGUGCUUUUGUAGAGGCUGAUACUGAUGGAAAAUCUUGGUACGUUGACAUUAAAAUGUUCUUGGAAAAAGGGGAAUAUCCCGAAGGAAUCACCUUAAAUCAGAAAAAGACUAUCAGGAAGUUAGCAAAUGGUUUCUUCCUCAACAAGAAUGUCUUAUACAAAAGAACUCCAGAUUUGGGAUUGCUUAGAUGUGUUGACUCUGUUGAAGCUACAAAAUUUAUUGAAGAACUGCAUGAUGGAACCUGUGGACCUCACAUGAAUGGGUUCGUGCUAGCAAACAAAAUCUUGAGAACAGGCUAUUACUGGAUGACCGUGGAAAAUGACUAUAGCAAAUUUGUCCAGAAAUGCCACAAGUGUCAGAUUCAUGUAGACUUGAUAAAGGUCCCUCCAAUUGAACUAAAUGCUAUGACAUCACCUUGGACAUUCGCUGCUUGGGGCAUGGAUGUCAAAGGAUUGAUUAAGCCAGCUGUGUCAAACAAACAUCGUUUCAUUUUGGUCGCCAUAAACUACUUCACUAAGUGGGUGGAAGCAGCAUCUUAUUCAUUGGUGACAAAGAAAGUGGUCACAGACUUUGUGCGCAACAACAUCAUAUGCCGAUUUGGCAUCCCAGAAUCAAUCAUAAUAGAUAAUGAGGCUAACCUGAAUAGCCACUUGAUGAAAGACAUAUGUGCGCAGUUCUGA